GGGAAUAAAAUCAGCAGUGUUGAUAUUACAAAAUGACAAAACAUCCUCCGAAUAGAAGAGGGAUCAACUUUGAGGUGGGAGCCCAGUUGGAAGCCCGUGACAGAUUAAAAAACUGGUAUCCAGCUCACAUUGAAGAAAUUGAUUAUGAAGAAGGAAAAGUACUUAUCCAUUUCAAACGCUGGAACCACAGAUAUGAUGAAUGGUUUUGUUGGGACAGUCCUUAUUUGCGUCCCUUAGAGAAGAUACAGUUAAGAAAAGAAGGAUUACAUGAGGAAGAAGGCUGUGCAGGAUUUCAUAUAAAUGACCAGGUAUUGGCAUGUUGGUCUGACUGUCGCUUCUAUCCAGCCAGAGUUACUUCUGUUAACAAAGACGGUACAUACACUGUGAAGUUUUAUGAUGGUGUAGUUCAGACAGUCAAAAACAUUCAUGUCAAAGCUUUUUCCAAAGACCAGAAUAUUGUGGGUAAUGGUAAGCCGAAGGAAAAAGGUAAUGAAAUUCUGUCAUCUCCUGAAAAGCGGGAGAAAUUUAAAGAACAGAGGAAAGCAACAGGUAAUGCAAAGAAAGACAAGGAUGAAAAGACAUUGAAGACUGAGAAGAGAGUUAAGCAACCUGAUAAAGAAGGAAAAUUGAUAGGCAUCUCAGAAAAAGGCAAGGUCUCAGAAAAGAAUAUAUCUAAGAAUGGAAAAGAAGAUAAAGAGAAUAUAUCAGAGAAUGAUAUGGAAUAUUCAGUAGAUACACAAAUUGAGAAGAAGCCUGAGAAUGACAAUGUAAAGAGUCCACAGGAAAACACAAAAGAAACUAAACGAAAACGUGGAAGACCGCCGAUAACACCUCCAACCGAGCCAAGUUCUCAGACGCUGCAGCCCAUAACUUUGGAGUUAAGACAUCGGAAGAUACCUAAAGGAGGCGAAGUUCCAUCAAAGCGUCCCAGGAUUGAAAAAAACUUGUCUCAGGAAAAAUCGAAGAACUCUUCAGAUAAACCUGAAAGAGACCAGAUCAGGAGACGAUCUUCAAGACUCUCAUCUAGUACUAGCCAUGAGAUUUUAAAUACUGAUCAUGUCACAGCUUCAACAGAAAUUCAGCCUUUGCACAACGCAGUCUCUAACCAAAAGGAAUCUGAGAAGGUCCAGUUAGAAAUUCCUGUUGAAUCUGACCAAAGUUUCAGUGAACAAGGAUCUCCUGGGAACACAUCGCAUAGCACAGCACUCAGUACAGAUGCCAGUUUACAGGAGGAAAAAGUUGAAGACCCUGAGUCUUCCUCUGUUACUGUCAGAACUCAAGAACCUUCUGCUGCUACAGUAACAAAACCUUGUAGGGGAGCAGAUUUUCUUGCAUCAAAAAAAGCUGCAACAGUUGAUCAAGAUCACAAGUUUAGAUGCAAGUUCUUGGACUGUUCAAAAUCCUUCCGCAAAGCCAAGCUAUUGCAUUAUCACAUGAAAUACUUUCAUGGAGUGGAAAAGGCUGCAGAAUCCCAGCAGAACCCUGUAAAAAGAAAUAUUCAAACCAGAGCUUCUUUGGCUUCUGAAAAAGCUAAUCAAGAAAGGUCAAAAAGAAGACGGACCACAGUUGGUUCAUUGU